AUGGCCACUCCAACCUGGUACAGAUCUGACAUCGGCCACAGUCUCAAACCCAUCACUCGCCAUGUCUAUACCCACUGGAGUGGCAUCCCAGAUGAUGAACUUAUCGACCAUCUACACAGAAUACGCGACAAAGCCUGGCCACUAGCCAAAUACCCCUGUAUCGGACUCUGGAUCUUCCUCCUCCCCGGUCUCGCAUCACUACCAGAAUUUCCUUCUGUCGUGGAAAAAGCCAGAUCUCAGCCUGACCCCCUCAUAAUCGACGUAGGCUGCGGCCUCGGCCAGAACCUGCGUUUACUUGCAGACCACAGCGUCCCGACGACGAAUAUGUGGGGUGUUGAUCUCGAGCCACGACUUUGGGAGUUGGGGUUUGAUUUGUUUCGGGAUGCACAUCGGAUGAGAGGACGGUUCAUUGGUGGUGACUUUCUCACUAUGCCAGAUGAUAAAUUGGGUCGCUUGGCAGGUAAAGCGGAUGUGAUUAUCGCGCAGCAGUUUCUGCAUUUGUUCGACUGGGACGGACAACUUACUGCACUCAAGCGGAUGGUAGACAUGUCAAAGCCUGGCACGAUACUCGUCGGCCACCAACGAGGAGCAAAGACAGAGCAGGAGAUCAAAAGACCGUGGGGAAAGGCCUUCCUGCACGAUUCGCAUUCAUUCACGAGAAUGUGGGAAAUAAUCCAAAAAGAAACAACCACACAAUGGACCCUCGACGUCAAAACCGUCGAUAUCCUAGACUGGGGACUGGAAGAGGCAGAUCUGCCCGGCUUGACGGAUGGUGAUCGGACGGGGCUGACCUUUGUCAUUACUCGGCAUGUUUGA